AUGAAUGACUGUCUUUCAGAGUUCACUGUCACCCUGCCUGAUACCACAGAAGGAGUCCAUGCUGUAGACACUCCAUUAGAAAAGGAUAAAGUGAGAAUUCCUUUCGGGAUAUCGGAGCUGAGAGAUUCUCUGAAUGGGAGGAUUCCAAGGCUUUGGGCCCAUGACUAUAACAGAGAUGUGUUCUCCAUUUCCAGCUUUGUCAUCAACCUCGGCCAGGACCAUGACACCAUUGGAUGUCACUUUGAUGCACGCUUCAACAGAUUUAAUGAUAGGAACAUCGCUGUCUGCAAUUAUAAGAAGGAGGAUGGAUGGGGUAAUGAACAAAAGGAUAGCAAUUUCCCCUUUCAACCAGGAACCCUGACCAAGGUUUCCCUCUACUUUGAAAAGAGUGCCUUUCGUGUGAUACUCCCCAAUGGCCAUGAGAUCCAAUUCCCAAAUCGCCUCAACUUAGACACAAUUAAUCUCCUGGAAGUUAAGGCUGACAUAGAGCUAAAAUCUUUGACAUUCAAAUGA